AUGAAGUUGAAUAAAGCAAGCAAGACUCGAGUGAAUGUUCAGGACUCCGGCGUGACAGCUUCAAACGUCCGGCCGUAUAACAGUUUCCAAUCGCCAAACGGCCCCCUUGUGGAGAAAAUUCAAUCGGAACUCUGGCAAUUCGUAUUUACAUCACCCUUCUCACUCCCUUACCGGAUCCCGCGCCGACGUCUUUCUGGACCAUCCUCGACAACUGUCAGCCCCGAUUUGGAUAUCGAAGAUUCAAGAUUUUUGAGCCAUUGGAUCCUGGGGAUUCCGACACCGACAAUUACGCACAUCAUGGCAUCCAAAGUCAUCGCUCCCUUCACCGGACCUCUCACUCCCACCGCUAACGAUGGUUUCGCUAUUUACGACGCAACAAAGGCCGAAAAAGCUCCAUCUCUCGCCGUGAUGACCAAGAUUCGUCCCGUUGGGUCUCAGAUGCACGAACUGUCAACUGGGAGGGCAGAUUAUCUCAAGUAUGCAUCAUGGGAAUCGUUUGAGAAACAGGAUACAAGCUACUUUGCCCUCCGCACGUUCUUCCGCUCCUCACAGAGCGGACUCAGUUUUACCGAAUAUGCAUCAGCUCUUGCAGAUGCUCGCAACGCCGUUGGUACCACUCUUAUCCCUGUCAAUAUCUACAAGUAUCAGUUCUUAUCCCAUGCCAACUUCCGUGCCCACACCAUACUCGGAUGCGUUGUAAUUGGGACCUGCCUCUGCCUCAUGCCGUCUGGCAAGUUUCCAAUCGUGUAA